AGCAAGAGUAGGCUGCCUCUCGUCUUUGGUCGAAUUGCUCCUCGGGAGCAACGGAAGGGAGGACCACUAGACGCCGGCUGCCCGCUGCAGUCACACGUCGCUGUCGCAUCGCGUACCCUCCGUCGUUGCGAUGGCGCACCUCGAAGAGAGAGAAAAGACAAAGGCUAGCUUGAAAGCUUGGUGGAGCGCAUUCACCAAAGUCCGGACACAGAGCAAAGACAAGAAGUCUCCGGUUGCUGCCACUGCUGAAGAGACUAGAGUCUUCGCAAUCCCUCUCCGCAAAUCGCUGAGUUAUGCAAGCGUGGCAAUCUCAAUGGCAGGCGAGGACGGCUCUCAAUACGUAUGGGGCUAUGUACCAAUCAUCGUUGCCAAAGUCGGACUGUACCUGAAAGAAAAUGCUGUCGAGACAGAAGGAGUGUUCAGGAUAGCUGGAUCGCAGAAGAGGAUGAGGGAGCUGCAAGAAGUGUUUGACACACCUCCGAGAUAUGGCAAAGACGUCGACUGGUCAAAGUACAGUGUCCAUGACGCUGCAAGUGUACUCCGUCGCUAUCUCAACCAGAUGCCUGAGCCUAUCAUUCCGCUGCACCUCUACAAUGAAUUCCGGAACAUCAUGAUCAAGGAACCUUUUGAUGUCAACGCUGCAAUCAGGACCUACCGCCUCAUGAUUACCUCUUCGCCUCCUGCCAAUCAAUAUCUGCUCCUCUAUGUCCUGGACCUUCUGGCCGUUUUCGCUCGAGCCUCAAACAAGAACUUGAUGCCUGCAAGCAACCUUGCUAUGAUCUUCCAGCCAGGCAUGUUUUCUCAUCCUGCUCACCUCAAUUCAGCUAACGAGCAUAAGAUUGCGGUGCAGGUGCUCGAAUUCCUCAUCGAGCAUCAGGAUCACUUCGUUCUCGGGCUGUCACAGCCUCCGCCGGCAAACAUCUCUCCCUCUGAGUUGACUGCAGUAUCGCGGCCUGUGAACCCAGAGGAAGUGUACUUUGAGCCUUCAGACUCGGAUGAAGACCUGGGCACUCUGGAAGCUCAUGAGGGAGGCGGGGCGAAGUUUGCAAAGAAGAUGCCCGCUAGCAGCUCGGCGUCCGGCAGCGGCGCUGGCAGACGGAAGCACUUGUUGAGGAAGGGACGGGCUGGAACAGAGAUGGCGGUGUCAAAGACUGCGCAGGACCCGCUGCAAACGAGGGAGAAUGAGAAGCUGUCGAGCCAGGUCAUUGCUCCUCGUGGCAUCAGUCCGUUGCCUCACAACAGUCCCCCGGCAGGCAUCGCCAUCACUCUCGCAGAGAGCGAGGCUGGUUCAAGCUCACAGGGUGGUGGCAGUCUCGCUGUAGAAUCGGCAGCAGGUUACGACGACUCCACCCCGUUGGGUCGCUCGGCGAGCAACAUCAAGCGUAGCAAAACAACACCCACCCGGAGACCAGACGCUCCGGGCGUCUCACCUGGCGGGCUCAGCAAUGCAAGCGGAAGGCCUAGCAUUCUCGAGAGGACGAGCAGCAGGAGGCGGAGGAAGAGCCAUGACACGACCAGUCCCAAUGGCUCUGCGAGCGUCUCGCCGCUCGUGACACCAGGAGGAUGACCUUUUUCCGGUGGUGUCCGCCAAGACACA